ACUCAGUGUGUUCAACAUGGCGGAAGAAGAUAUGUUCUUGGCAUCAACCUCGAAUAUGUUAUGGGAUCCCGUUUAUUCCAAGGACUGGGACAAAGAAAGUGUUACACCACAGUGUGUUCUGAGAAUCAAAAGGGAUAUUAUGAGUAUUUACAAUGAACCUCCACCUGGGAUGUGUAUUGUUCCAGACAAAGAAGACAUCACAAAGAUUCACGCUCUAAUCACAGGCCCAUUUGACACACCCUAUGAAGGGGGCUUCUUCUAUUUCCUGAUCCGGUGUCCUCCUGAUUACCCCAUCAGACCCCCCAGAGUCAAAUUAAUGACAACUGGGGGAGGGCAGGUCAGAUUUAACCCAAAUUUGUACAGAAAUGGCAAAGUAUGCUUGAGUAUUCUAGGGACUUGGUCUGGUCCUGCUUGGAGCCCUGCACAAUCACUUUCAAGUGUAUUAAUCUCAAUUCAGUCCUUGUUAAAUGAAAAACCAUACCACAAUGAACCAGGGUUUGAACAGGAAAGGCAAGCAGGAGAUUCAAGGAGAUACAAUGAAUGCAUCCAACAUGAAAGCCUCAGGGUGGCUGUUUGUGACAUGCUGGAGGGAAAACUAAAAUGUCCAUCAGCUCUCAAAGAUGUGAUGGAGAAAUCUUUCCCGGAAUUUUAUGAUUACUACUUGUCAGUUAUCAAUGAUAACUCACAUCUAAAUGGACAAAACAUGCUGGAUCCCUUUGGAGAGAAACGAGGAACAUUUGACUUUGUUUCAAUUAAACAAAGACUUGAGGUCAUCAAGAAGAAACUUGAAGAGAGGAAGACCACGGCACAGGGCUCUGACGCCUCAUCAAGUGAUAACGAGAACAUAGAGGAAUCUUAACAGAGAUAAAUAUGCUAUUUGUACAAUCAUGUAUGCAGUUAUAAUUUAUAUUUCAGUUACAAGGGCAUGUCCUGCCUGCAUAGCUGGUUAUUCUGUGAGAGUAGUAGGUGGCAAAGGUGUUAACAUUUAUGGCUACACUGCCUUCAGUUUCACCCAGCACCUAAAGGUGGUUCUCUCCCUGGAGUUACCUAGAAUGAACUGUGAACGGAUUUAUUGGAAUGGCUGAAAAAAAGGUGGCAAAUUGUUGAGUAUCAAUUUGUAUUGAGAGAAGGGGAUAAAUUGGAAAGGAUUUGGUGACUUGUUCUUCCAAUGGAUGAAAUGUUGGAUCGCAAUGAAGCGGUAUGUCCCAAGGUAAUCAAUUUAAAGUUGCAAAUAAACCUGUGAGAUAGUUAUUACAGGUACAGUAAGUUCUAGAGGGAAAGGAAAACAUCAGGCAAUCUAAAUAAGAGAUAUGCUUUGCUUCCAAAUGGCCACAAGAUCAAGCAAGGUUUGUUUUUAACGUUUUUGUGCUGAAAACCCAUGAGAAGCUAAGGCUUCACUACCUGUAGAAUUGAAGUAAAAAGUACUCUGAUUGCAUUCUCCUGGUAGAUAUUUCACCAAAAUAUGUUAGUCAACCCCAUAUUCAAUUUCUCACAUCCAAUUCAUAGAAUUGAGAGAUUGAUACAAUUCAGUCAGGAAGGGCCAACAGAGGGGGAAUAAGGUGCAGUGGUUCUUCCCCCCCUUCAUCAACAUAUUACAGAAGAGUUGGCUCCAGACCUCCACAGAAGCUUUCACCUCAAACAACUGCUUAUCAGCACCCCCACCCCAACCCACUUUAAUUUUUGCUCUACUGUUUCUUUAACUUGACCACUACACCAACUCAACUAGGGUUAGUUAGUUAGCGGUCAUUUUGAAUAUAAUUUUCUAUUCAAGGUAUAAUAAAUUGAGCUCAGACCUUAACCCCUUAAUUCCCUUGAAUGGCUGAGACAAAAUUUCUUCUUACAAGUGAUAAGAAUAAAGAAAAAUAUCAAUUAGGGAAUUAGUCUUUGAUUCAAUCCCAACUUCUCUGAACGAACAUAAAAAAAUUUGUAUGGUAGACAGUAAGGAGAACUACUAAUGAGAUCUUGGGAGUGAAGGGGUUAAGAGAAAGCAAGUAAUGACCUUGUGCUCUUCAUUUUCCUGGUACAAGUUUUUAAAUUUAAACUAUUGUUUCAACUAGGGGAAAAGCACUGUAUUCUUACAAGCUAAGAAAAAAGCAAAAAAUAACAAGUAUCAAUGUUGCUGUCCUCAAUGUCAAUAUGCAAGACGCAUUGUUCACAGAAAAUGUUAUCAUCUGUUCAAAAAUAACUAAACAUUUAUUUUAUUGUUAUUUAUGCUAGAAGUACAAUGUCUUCCAUUAAAAAUAAUACUAUAGAUCUAAGUUAGAGAAACUUAAUUUUUUUUAAACGAAGUAUUAUAAAAUUGUAUCAAAUAAUGAAUGACUGUAAUUUUGGAAAACUGUAUCUGAAUAAAUC